GUUUCUCUAGAAUUAGCUGGCAGUCUUUGAAUAGAAAUCUACCGAUGAACACACAAUUAUAGCGUUUAUAACCUCUUCAGUAAAACCACCAUUAAGAUGGAAGAAACGAAUGCGUCAAUGACUCACCCCACGGAUUACCUUCAAUACUGGUAUCAAACUAGCCAGCCAUAUUUCCAUGCACCUGAAGCCACUCAGUAUCAUCACAUGAGCAAUGGCUACCACAGCAUGGACAACUAUGGAGAGGAGAGGGACAUGGCAGAGCUCACCGUCCAUCGGGAACCUGCAGAACACAGUUUCCCUGCACCUGCAGAAUACAGUUUUCCUGCACCUGCCCCACCUGUCCCACAACAGCAGAACACAGAGACAGUUCCUGCAGUCCAGCCACAGCAGUCCCCUGCUAAGAAGAGAGGUAGACCGGCCAAAAACAAAACAGAGGACCCUAAUGCGCCAGUGGACAGCGAGACCGCAGCAAAGAAGGCCAAGAGGACACUUGAUCGAUUCAAUGGCAUGUCUGUUGAAGAAGUGAUGUCAAGGACCUUACCUGAUGUCAUCACCCAUAACCUAGAUAUAUUAAUAAUUGGAAUCAAUCCAGGACUUAUGUCUGCCUACAAAGGUCAUCAUUACCCAAAUCCAGGAAACCACUUCUGGAAGUGUCUGUUCCUCUCUGGCCUCACGGAUGAACAGCUGAACUACACGCAUGACGAAGAGCUGCCAGAGAAGUACGGCAUCGGCUUCACCAACAUGGUGGAGAGGACCACGCCGGGAAGCAAGGAUCUCUCAAGUAAAGAGAUUCGGGAGGGUGGCAGACAGCUGGUAGAGAAGUUGAAGCAAUACAGGCCGAGGAUUGCAGCCUUCAAUGGGAAAGGCAUUUAUGAAAUCUUUUGCAAAGAAAUCUUUGGAAUUACGGCAAAGAAUCUUGAGUUUGGCCUUCAGCCAUAUAAAGUUCCAGAUACAGACACGGUGUGCUAUUUAAUGCCAUCAUCAAGCCCACGCUGUGCCCAGUUUCCCCGUGCCCAGGACAAGGUGCAUUUCUACAUCAAACUCAAGGAGUUACGGGAUGAGAUCAAGGGCGUUGUCCCAAAGUUAGAAGUCGAGGAAACUAAGUACUCGUUCGACCUAGCAUUGGCCAAAGAGGAUGCCAAAAGAAUGGCGAUCAAAGAGGAAAAGCAAGACCCAGGGUACGAAAACGCAUGUGGCUCCUGGACGGGAGCAAACCAAGAGACCAGCCAGUACUUCGCACAAAAUAUGGAUGCACUUUAUCAGUACGACCAACACGGGAACCACUUGCAGCCCGGCUCAUCCGCAGCAUACACACAUUUCAACGGAGCUCACAUAAGCUAGUGAAGAACUGUUCAUUAGCACAGUGGUUCUUAACUGGAAGAGUCUUGGGACCCACAGUUUUCCAUGGUCAUCACAUUGUGACCCAAUAUUUUAUCGCACUGUCAGAAUCCUCAAAUAAUAAUCUAAAAAUCCCAUGCAUUUGAUAACAUGGCUCUGCAUUGUAUGCUGAUAUGCCUCGUGUCUAUCAACUAGUUUGACAUGAGUAUUAAGCAUGUUUCACCGUCACUUUGGCAUCACAUUCCUUCAUUCAGUACCGCAUCUUGUUUCAAUUGAUUGACUGACAGGAAAAAGGUGAAUUAAUACAUUUUUAUCGCACAGCUCCGUGACCCACCAGUUUUGGGUCCCGACCCACCAGUUAAGAAACACUGCAGCAUUAUCUGUAAAUGAAUGUGUGAAUCAGCCUGAAACAAGUCUGUUACAGCCCCAUAGACUGCUUUCAAGUUUCCCGUCAUCUUCGUAAUGCAUGUCUUGGUAGCUUUGGAGGUGUGGGAAGAAAUGCCAGCAAAGUCCAUACAUUGCUCCACUUGGUUUAACUUUUUUAAAAUGUGAUUUUGUAACUAUAAUGGAUGCCAUUUAUUUUGUGAGACUUUUUGUAUUUAUUUACGGAAUGGAGGUGUUUUAUUUGUUCUGAAGUCCUUGAUGUAAAGUGGAACAUUACUUGUAUUUUUACUUGAAUAUGUUGAUACCUUUCUGAUAAUGAAAUCUAUCAAUGAAAAGUGGGACCAUAACAGUUCAAUUUUUGUGUUUGUCAGCCUUUAUACUGUGACAUAAUAUCCAAACUCCUUUGGAUAGCAACCAUGAUGAAAACAUGUCUGAAUUGUCGGUUUUAUUUUUAUUUGUCUUAAUCACAAAUUGCAGUCAUCCUGGUUGACUGUUGUAACAUGUUUACAAAGGAUGGGUGAGUUCUGAACACGCAACCACCUAUCCUCUAGAAAUAUACUGCUAUUGUUACUAUAUUUUAAGUAGUAAUGGGACCAUCACCCCUGGGCUUUGCCACGUGUUUGACUUGUUCUGUCUUCUUUAUUCUUCUCUUUUUUUUGAUACCUCAAAACCAGUUGAGUGCAAUUUCUUUCCGAGGAUGCCAAUUCCUUUCACUUAUCAAAAUAAAUUGUUCACUCUGCCAGU